GGCGCUGAAUUCCAAAUGUCUAUCGUUGGAGGCUUGUCUUUGUGACUUUCUAACUUAUGAGUCUACGGUUACUUCUGCGUUCAGAAAAUCUAUUUCUUUCCUGUUUCUAAUACUGCGGAUGUCAUAUAUUUAUAUAUAACAUAUAGCUGUACUAUAUUUUGAGGGUGAGGAUGGACGUUCCCUUAAACAUAUCCACCACAACUUCGCAUAUCGGUAAUCCCAUGAUAAGCCCCUUGGUUUAACUAGUGCAUUUUUCCCUGGAACUUAAUUGCUGGAGUAUUUAGCAAUAACUAUAUCCUUAAGGCGAUGUCUUCUGGUGGUACUUUUGUUCUAAGUCGGAGUUUUGGGUCAGAAAUGAGUUCGUCUCAAAACACUUCUAUUCAUGUUUAUUUGUAUGUUUAUAUAAGCUGAUGAUAUCGAACCUAAUCAUAUUUUCAUCACCUAACUUUGUUACUGAAGCAGAAUUAGAUUCAAAGUCGUACUACCUCCAAUCACCACAAAAUAAUUUCCAGUCAGUCAGAAUGAGUUCAAAGAGUGAUAUGCGCGUACCUAAGCCUCCUAAACCACCUGAGAAGCCGUUGAUGCCGUAUAUGCGGUACAGUCGUAAGGUGUGGGAGCAAGUGAAGAAUUCGAACCCGCAUCUGAAAUUGUGGGAGGUGGGUAAAAUUAUUGGUCAAAUGUGGCGUGAACUACCUGACGAUGAAAAACUGUUGUACAUGGAAGAGUACGAUGCUGAGAAAACACAAUAUACAGAGUUGCUACGUCAGUACCACACUUCACCGGCUUAUCAAGCCUGGUUGCUCGCAAAGGAGAGAGGUAACAAGUGUUGAUGAUGAUAGUGUGAUAAUAAUAAUCUGCAUUGUUGUUCAGCGGAGAAAAGCAUGGAGGAACAAGACCAGGAACGAAGACAAUCGAUUUUGAGAUCAAGAGAUCGUGGUAAUGAAGUCCCUCAAGGUGACUUACGGGAAUCCUACAUCUUAGAAGAUAACGAAGAAGAUACUGAAGAUCAGUACACUGCAAAACAUGUAGCUGCAGCUCGUUUCCAAAGAAAUCACCGUUUGAUGCUAGAAGUGUUGAGCGAUGCUAGACUCCCUGAUCCUGGUCAAUUGAUAACCCAGAGCAGAUUGAACACGUUACGUCUCCAAGUGGAACAACUGAGAAAUCACAAACGCAACCUAUGUCAAGAGAUUGACGGGUGUGAAGCACGUCACCAAGCUAAGGUUCAACGUAUCCGUGAAGAGUCUGAGCGUUUUCGACUAGAGUACGACAAAAUCAAAGCAGGACGGCCAGUUAUCACGGAGUCUCAGUUUGCUGAUAUGAUAGUUAAAGCGAAGCAGGAUAUACAGCGUGAGGAGGAGGAUAGGAAGUCUCGUUAUUUGGCGGAGUUGGAGAUGAGACGUCGACGUCAGCAGCAACGACAGCAGCGAGAGGCUGAAUUGCUGGAGUCAGAACGCCGACGUCAGUUACUGCAGCACCACCAACAACAGCAGCAGCAGCAGUUGCAGCAAGCUCAUAUGCGACCAGCACAUCCACCUGUCGUUCAUGGUGAUCCAAAUAUUCAAUUUAGUGACCGUCCUCUGGAAAGGCUGAUAGUUCAGGAUAAAAGGGAAGAUGCAAGUUGUCAGCCUACACCACCGAAGUUGCCGGUCACUUCAACAAGUCUAGUAAAUCCUGUAAGUGCGAAAGGAGCUGCUGCUGAGCUAGUUCAUGCCGGCAGUGGUGCAGUGUACCCUCCUGGAAUAUGCAAUGCUUUCACACAACCUGCCAAUCAGAAUUCAGUAUCCAGGUUUCCUCAGUCUGGUCACACGCAACAUCACUACCCACCGCCACCACAUUAUAUACCUAGUGCCGUGCCACCGGGAAAUCCCACCAGUUUGGUUCAUCAGCGUAGUCCGUUGCCAAGCAUGCAACAAGCAACGCCAAACAAUGCGGCUAAAGCCAACUCCACAACACCCCUGAACCGUACGAAGAAAGUUGCAUCAUCUGGAUCGUCUACUUCAUCUGCUUCUUCAGCUUCUUCGACAUCUUCGAAGAAGAAGAAGCCUGAUUGUGAUGUGAGUAAGGAAGCGACGAGUCAGGAAAUGCGAGAACGACCGACUUCUAAUUCAGGUGAAAGUGUUGUUGUAGACCCUAACCAGAUGAAGUCUAAUGAUUUGGCGAGUGUGACUCCUGGACAUUCGAAUGAGUUUCAACAAGGGUUAGCAGGACAGCCGAGACACGUUGUUGCUUCUCAGUACCAAUCAACUAAUGUCCCUUCAAACGCUGUCAGCUCAGCCCAGGUGUCUGGUGCUCCAGUACAAGCACCGUACACGUACGAGAUUAGCAUGUCGAAUCCGUCAAACCCACCUCUACCUGGUGGUGCUUAUUAUCCACAUCAUCCGCCUGUUACCAUGUCUAAUCCCAGUGGUUAUUCUCAUGCACGCGUCCAAUUCUCACAACACACUCCUUACAACGCUAUGCAGUACCACCAUAUGCCUCAACAAGGAUCUUCGGAGCAGCCACCUCCACCACCGAUGUAUGUGCAGCAUGUGGCACAACAGCCGCAUGUCCCACAACAACCUGGACCGCCAGUGGGAGGACCUAACCAACAUCCUUCUGGCCACAUCCCACCACCACCUCCUCAUCAACAUAAUGCAAACAACUGGCAUCCUGCAGGUGCAUCACCAUACCCUGCACACUAUGGUCCUUCUCGUUAUCCGGUUCCGAGUGGUGUCGGCGGUGGUGGUGGUCAUGUUGGUUAUCCUCCGGUGCAACCGCCACGUAAUUUUGGCCCGAAUUCAGGUGGAUAUUCUUCAGUGCCUCAUUAUUUGGUUGGCCAACAGAACCCACAAGCCCAUCCUCACCAAAAUGUUCCCCCAGCUGUGCCAGUUAGUCUACAAGAUGGAUCGAGUGGAGGAUCCCAGUCAAUCCCAGCACCACCACCGUACCAGCAGCAACAGCAACAACAACAACCUCAGCAGCAGGCGAGUUCUGUGGUUGGUUAUUGGCCUACACAACAUCAAGUACCUCCAGACUAUGUUCAGGGUCAACAACCGUCUCACUACGCGGCGGCGCCUGGCUCUCAAUCAGAGAGUAUGGGAGGUGCAAACCAGCAAGUAUUAUCAUCGGUGGAUGGUGUCCAUCCAUGUUCUGGUAUAUCUGGACCUCCUGGGGAUGCUGGGAUGGGUCAAGUGCAAAUGGUGCCGUCGAACCAAUCUCAGGGAGCCAACAUUUAUUAUCCAGGUGGACCUGUCCCGCCUUACCCUCAUGGUGGGCCGAAUGGAUUUUACUCAAUGCCACCGCAACAUCACUACCCGCCUCCUCCUCCUCCUUCACAUCAACCUGGUGGAAAUCCGUGGUCAGGUUACCCUAAUUCUGGUCCACCUCAGAUGGCGAGUUACCCACCAUCACAACAACCACAACAACAACAACAGCAGCAGCAGCAACAACAACAACAGCCGCAACAUCCACACCAAUCUCCUCAGUGUAAUGUUGGAGCAAGCUAUGCUACGCCUCAAAUGGCGAAUAAGCCUGAACAGUCUGUGGGAGCAGCGAGUGGUACAGAGAAUUCAGGUGGUGUAUGUGGAACGGGGAAUUCCAACAGUCGUCCACCGUCUAACAAUAAUUAAUUUCUUGAUCAUAUAUGAUUAUUGCAUUUUAGUUAUUUUGAAAGUGGUGCUUUUAUUGUGAAUUGUCACUAACUCAUUGCUUAGUUGAACUCCAAUCUAUGUUUCCGACUCUUAUAAUCAUCAUCACAGUUGGAUUCUUUUAAUAUUUUCUUCUUUUUUUAUUACUCAUAAGUUGUACUCUUUCACCGAUUAAUAUGUCCGUCAUUUGUGUUCACAGUAUUUCAGGUUUAUUAGACGUUUUUUAGGUAUUUUUCUGCAUAUGUCUUCAGGUGGUUUCAGUUUUUGUUAUCAUGUACUGUACAUAAGUUUUUUUUGAGCGGAAAACAGAUUUAAGACAUGGUAUCUUGAAUAUUUUUAACAAUGUGUGUACUUGACGACAGUAUUCUAAAACACCUAUGUCAUUGUUGACACUGAUAUUGCUGCUAGAUCUAGGAUGAACAGACUUAGCAGAUAAAUUGUAAUAGUCAUCCACUGUCGGCUAACAAUGAUCAUUUUUCAUUAACUGAUGAAAUUCAUUGCGCUUUUGGUCACUUUGAAGUGUCCAUAUACUACAGCAUUGAGAACAGUUGUCCUUGGACUGUCUCGGGCAUUGGCAUGUUUGCUCUCGAAAUUUAUCUGAUUUUCAUGUAUCCAGUUUCUUUUUGUGAACAAAGGCUGUAUAAUAAAUGUUGUGAAAUCUGAGUUUGAUGAUUUUGAAAAUAAUGUUUGUCACAUUAUAUUGACGUAGUGAUUAGUGAAGCAACC